AUGAGCUUCUUCCAAGAAUCCGCACGAUCUUGGACGCACAACAAGCCGAUCGAAACCCUAACGCAUCUGCUCGAAUCAGCUUUGUUCCGCAGUCCAGAACCUCAACCUGUAUCUGCAUGGAAGAUGAUCAUCGAUCCUCCGAUGCCUUACUGGGUCACGAUCUUCUCGCAAACUUGUCGUCUCAUCUCGCUCCUCAUCCUGCUUCCUAUCUUUCUGAUCGGCGUGCUCGACUUUGCCGGAUACGCCGUGUUCCGAACGCUUGGCUUGCAUCGAAGAAGAGUUCGCAUUCAACGACAAUCCAACGCCGACGUCAAGAUUCCCGUUGGCCGAUCCAACUCUCGACGUAAACCACGCGUCUACCAGAACGACCGACAUCGACCCACGGAUCGCAGCAACAUUCCUAGCAUCGUCAAAGCCCCGCUGCUCUCCCCCGGCACAUACGAUGCCGAAACGCUGCUCCGACAGCGUGCACGCAGUCUGAGCAUCGCUUCUGCCGAGCAAGAGGCAGCGUGGGUCGCCAGUGGAGGCCAAGAAGCGAGACUCAGCACGCUCAGUAAGGAUGCAGCGGGCGCGCUUGCACCUACCUCUCCGACGCAGAGUGAUGCUGGAGAUGGAGAUGCUACCGAGGAUGGCGGUUACUUCGGUCGUGCACCCAGAGUUGGUGUCGAUGGAGCACUGGGCUUGGCCGAUACAGAUGUCGACGAGAGCGGCACCGAAAGCGGACGUGAUAGUCCCGUGCAAUUCAGAGGAUCAAACCGGAGAAGGGGACUGUCGGGUGGCUUGAGCUUCACACCGGUCAGCCCGGAUAAGCCUUUGACGCCUUUGGCAAGCAACGACGAACCCCUCAUUGCCGCCGCAGCGACGCAUCCAGAGUCCACACCGACUCAACAUAGAGAUUCGUACGACGCCAGCGUCGUAAGUCUCUCGAGCGAUUCACCUACAUCCUCAUCCAGCGGCGAUCGGUUUCUGACCCGACCGGAUAGCCACAGACAGGGCAAUCGAAGCGACGCCGAGAGCUCAAAUAUGAGCUCAUCCUGGAUCGGUGUCGAGGCGGAUGAGAAGGACGCCGACGUCCAUCCUUCCAAGGUCGAUGCGCAGCAAGCGGCAGCUGCACUUGGGUUCGAGUCGCAUUCCAAGGCUUGGUAA